AUGCGGAUUAAAAACAACAUCCGUUCUACACGUCACUUGCCACAGCAGCGAGGAAGACGCUCUUGCAGAGUUGUUGCAAACUUAUAACUAUUAUUGUAUAUGUUUAUAUAUAUUUAUAAGGCAUUGUUUCAGAUCGUUUUAUACAUGUGUUUUAUCUCUUGAAAACCUCUAGACAGACUCGACACGUCACUUGUUGUUGGACUAUGUUCUGUCAUGUCACCACCUCUGACGUCACGCUGCUGUUGUCUUUUGUAUUGUUGUUAAGUGUGAUUAACGCUAAUGGAUUUAAUGAUGAUGAACUGGAUCCCGAGACUCCAGACUGGAGAAAGACUUUUAAAACCAUCCGGAACGGGAUCCACAGGAUAGACACGUUCCUUAAUGUGGCUUUGGACCUGAUCGGAGGUUCAGAUGGACAGUGUGGUUUCAAGUGUACUGAUGGGUACACACCAGUUCCUCGCCCUAACUACAAAUCACCUCCUCCUAAUGGAUGUGGCUCCCCACUGUUUGGAUUUCAGUUUGAUAUUGGGAUCCCAUCUAUGACCAAAUGCUGUAAUCAGCAUGAUCGAUGUUAUGAUACCUGUGGGAGGGAGAAAAACUACUGUGACGAUCAGUUCCAGGUCUGCCUAGAGACCAUCUGUAGGAAUUUACAAAAGACCCUGGGAUUGUCCCAAAGUGUACAAGCCUGUGAAUCAGCAGUUAGUUUGCUCUUUGAUGCCGUCAUGCACUUGGGUUGUAAGCCUUUCCUGGAUAGCCAAAGAGCAUCCUGCAUUUGUCACUAUGAGGAGAAGACUGAUCUGUGAACAGUUAAUGUGUACAUCUUAAGGACUACUGAUUGUUUAUUACCAUCUCAGGAUAUAUCGAGACUUUUGUAUUUUGUCAUUGCGAAGUCAGUCUGAAUUGUGUGUGUGUUUUUGCAAAAGAAGUGACAUUAAUAUGAACAUUAAUAUAAAUAUAAGGUUUCGCUGCUAUACCAUGUCAAAUAUCUAUAUAUACCAGCUCAUGUUGGUCAGUCAUCCAUGAUGAGUUUGGAAUUUUAUUAAAGAAAGUGUGGGCGAGCCCACGGUUAGAACGGUUGGCCACCCCUAGUGCAAUAUUUCAACAUCAUAAUGACUGUGUAAAUCCGCUAAUUUUCCUACAAUAUGAGCACUAAUCCACUGACUGAAAUUACGUGUGCAUAACCAGAGAAUAAUCCGCCUGGAACAGUUGUCCCCCUCCCCAAUACAAUUAAUGGUGUUUCCAAUGCUUAAUUUCAACAGAUUACAAUUUUAAUACCCUUGUUAAAAAAGAAUAAAGACUACUUGUGAUACUAAGCACUGCUGUGGGCCUAAAAGUCAAAUUUUAAUUGAUUGCACUAGUGUCAUUUCCUCAUGUCCCCAGAGCUGCAUCUUAUACAUCUUUGACAAAAAUAACAGUUAAAUAAUCAAAUUUCUAAUUUUUAUUCCAUACAAUAAAGUGUUUACGUUCUCUAAAUAGCAUGGUUUUGUGUGUGUGGUAAAUGUGUAAUUUUAACACUGACAGUGGUGUUUGUGUGUGUGUCCCUUGUUUUGAUUGUCUACCCUGUUGUCAUGAUAGUGUGACCUUUAAUUGAAGAUCUGCGUUAUGAAAUGACAUCACACUUUGAAUGUGACAUCA